UAAUCAGAGCAUGUUGAGGAGUUGACCUGUAAGGGUCAGGCUCAGGUUUGAUCCGGAGGGGGGGGAGGAGGAGGAGAGAGGAGGGGAAUGGAUCCCGGCAAGUCUCAAGUUCAGAGCAGACUAUUUAAAUGAUGGCAACCUGCAAAGAUGUAUGUGUCAUCUCUCUGUCGUUCAGUGUUCCAGAGGGAAAGCCACAAGUCGACAAACACAAGAAUGUACAUCCUUCUGGCUCUACUUUGCGUUGCUCUCAUGGCACCUCCAGAGUGUGCAAGUCUUCCCACCAGGGAAAACAUUACGAGACACUUGAACAACAUAAUAAGCAUUGCUCAGACAACCCUCAUCCACAUUAAGACACUAAGGACAAAGCUGCCAGUGGCUCCACAGAUAGAAGUUACCACCCCUCCCAUUGUCGGACUGACUGAUAUCACCCGUGACCUCGGACUUUUGGAUAACGACCUGCAGAGCUCCGGCUCAGAGCUCCUCAGCCAGAUCCAGACUGACGUCUCCAGCUUGGAAGGAAAGGUGCGCUUCCUCGCCCUCACUAUGAACUGUCCUGUGCCGGCCAGACCAGGAGUACAGACCGGUCACAGUUCGUUCCCGGACAGCCACCUUUACCUGAUACUGACGAAGGUGCAGCGCUACCUGGAGAGCCUUAGUCUCAACAAGGACAAACUCAAGGUCUGCUGACAAAUCCACACGGAUCACAUAGAUGCUUGGCAUAUUUCAAAUACACAGAGGUGUAUCUGCACUAAUAGCUCACUGUGUGUAACUUGCCUUUGCAGCUGCCAUUUUUCUACUUUGUAUUUUGAAUAUUUUUCUGUAAAUUGACUUGUUAAGCAUGCACACAAAGUUUUAAAAAAAAUUCUCAUUAAUAUUUUUGCAUGUGAUGCAAGCAGCUAUUCAGGCACAUAUUUUUAAGCUUGUACCAAAAAUGUUUUAUGAAGCUUUACCAGAGUAUUUGGACUGCAGAGUGUUUACGGACAGUAGAGUUACGUAUGCGAGGAAUUAUAUUUUAGCUAUAUGAGCAGUUGGACGCUGAGGCUGCAACAAAUGAUUAAUUUUUAUUGUUGAUUAUUUUGUCGAUUAUUUUUCCAAAGUAUAAGAUGUCGUCCUCAAAUGUGGCGCUUCGUUCACAAGCCCAAGAUACUCAGAGUGCUGACGUCAAAGAAGCUGGAAUCAGACAUUGAAGCUUAUUUCCCUAAAAAAAAAAAGAAAGUACUCACAUUGAUGAAUUUAUAACCAAAAUAGUUGGCAAUUAAUGCAACAGUUGAUAAUUUAUCAAUUAUUGGUUGCAGCUCGUUGUGUAAAACCAACCAUGUACAAGGGCUGUGAAGGCUGCUGGCAGUAAAUAAAACUAACAAGGCUGCAGGGUUUUCUACUGAAAGGAGAUGCAUAAGCUUUCUCUGGGUUGCAGGAUUUUUUAAGUCCCAAAUACCAUUUGAUGAAUGUGUAACGUUGCUGGUAUCUGAUUUGUUGUAAUAUUCUAUUGAGCAGAAACAUGAAGCUUGUGAUCUCGAGGAUGUGAGACUUUUUAGCUGAAAUGUUAUUUUUUUAUAACAAGCUUUGCAAUAAACAUGUUGUGAUGUCCAUA